AUGACCAAGAAACUAUUGACUUCAGUUGAACGAGACUUUUUCCUCGACAAGUUUGACAAUUUCCUCUUCGAUUGCGAUGGUGUCCUGUGGGAUGGCAGUGAUCUGAUACCUGGGGUGGAUAAGGCUAUGGAGGAGCUUCGUAAAAGAGGAAAGAGGAUUUUCUUUGUUACCAACAAUAGCACAAAGUCGCGUGCGGCGUUCCUUGGCAAGUUCAAGGGUUUUGGCAUUCAGGCCUCGUUGGAUGAGAUCUUCAGCUCGGCUUUUGCAACAGCCGCUUAUCUUAAGCACGUGGUCAACUUUCCUGAUGAUAAAAAGGUGUACAUUGUUGGCAUGUCUGGUAUUCGAGAGGAAUUACAAGCUCAAGGCAUCCGUACAUGCGGUGCUGAUGAAGAUAACCAUGCCGAGUUCAAAGGAAAGAUCGACCAUGACCCUGAAGUGGGCGCUGUUGUGAUUGGCUUGGAUACUGCCGUCAAUUAUGUCAAAUACGCCAAGGCAUUCACUUAUCUCAAGAACAACCCUGACUGUCACUUUAUCCUCACUAAUGGUGAUACCACAUAUCCCACAGAUGGCUCAAUUCUUCCAGGUGCUGGAUCCAUUGCCUCUCCUAUCAUCAAGGCACUCAACCGAGACCCUGAUGUUGUUUUGGGAAAGCCUGCACAAAACAUGUUACAAACCAUUUUCGCUGAGUAUCAUCUUGACCCCAAGCGAACAUGCAUGAUUGGUGAUCGUCUCGAUACGGAUAUCGAAUUUGGUGUCAAGGGUGGCAUCGAGACAUUGUGUGUGUUGACAGGUGUCACAUCCGAAGUCGAAGUUUUAUCAUCUUCAAGCGAAGUUCGACCCGAUUAUUACAUGGAUAGCUUUGCAGGAUUUGCACCCCAAUAG